AUGGAGUUGUGGAAUACGACUGAUGUACCAGCCAAGUCAUUCUCACGUCUGUCUAACUGCACUGUGGACACCAGCUACCGCUUUAUCUUCCAUCAAGUGUCCUAUAGUGUCAUCUUCGUACUUGGGCUGGCCACCAACAGCCUGGCUCUCUGCAGACUGUGUCAAUCUCCCUGCACCAUCAACAGCACAGCCAUCUACAUGGUCAGCCUGUCAGCUGCCGACUUAUUUUUUGUGAUCUCCCUACCUCUGAGAAUCUACUACUACAACCAAAAGGCUCGAGCCUUGUCCUCCAACACAGGAGACCCAUCCAGUUGGACUCCUGGGGUGGCAUACUGCCACUUCACUUUCACCAUAAAAUACAUCAGCCUGUAUGGGGGCAUCUUCUUCCUGGUGUGCAUCGCUGUUGACCGUUACUUUGCUGUAGUGCACCCGCUGGCAUCAACGCUCCGCAGGCUGCGUGUUGCACAGCUGGUGAGUGGGGGGAUCUGGUGCCUGGUGCUGGGGCUGAGUGUGAGUCUGCCUUUGCUGCACUUUGCAGCAGCUCGCCAACACCAGCCCUGUCCGUUGGACCCAUCCUCACAACACUACCAAACCAUCAUACUGGCAGCCCUGGGCUUAGUGCUGGGGUCAUUUCUGCUGCCCACUAUUCUACUUCUGUACAGUUACUGCAAAGUGCUGAGUGUACUUCGCCAGCCGAGACACCGCUCUCGCAGACAGCACCAUAGCCGCCAGCGCAAUCUGAAAGUCAUUUCCUGGGUGCUGGGCAUCUUCCUGUUGUGCUUCCUACCCUAUCACAUCAACCUGUUGGGAUACACCCUCACACAUGUUGGGCUGCUGCCCCAUUGUGGCCUGGCCAAAGUGACCAAGGCUGUACACCCUGUGGUGAUGUCACUAGCCAGCUCCAAUUGCUGCCUUAACCCACUCAUCUACUACUUCUCCAGCAGCUUGGUGCACAGGGAGGCGCCUGGUGGUGGAAGCAGCGGCAGCCAGUGACACAGAUCAUUUCAUACAUC